AUGUGUCUGAUUUUUCUGAAAAUUCUGAUAUUCUUGAAUUUUUGCGCUAAAAAUUACCACGUGGCAAAAGCACAAACUUCUAACGACUAUAUCAAUUUUGAUUAUGACGAAGGCGAUUGGAAAAUCGACGAAGUUAGCCGAAUUCUCAAGUCUCAUGGGAAUUAUAGCAAAAAUGACUAUCCGAUGAUGGAUCGAGGUGAGAUUUUUGGGAAAAAUGGGAAAAAAUCCGAUUCUCCUUGUGAUUACGGUCAUUUUGACACCCAUAUUUCCUAUGUUCCUUUAAAUUUUCUUAAAGGCGCAUAGGAGGGUCUCGCCACGAUCUCCCUUUAAACCCAACAUUUUCCCAAAGAAAAACAUACCAUUAGAUUUAGAAUUCUGAGAUCUACAAGAUGCACUAGAUCUCGCAGCGAAACAAGCUUUUUGGGAAGAAAAAGUGACCCCCUCCCUUUAAGGUCUGACAGUUUUUACUCUAGACACAUGAUAAAUUUUGCCACGUGGCAAUUUUCGCGCUUUAGAACUCUAAGAAUCUUUCACUCCAAACCAAUAGCAUCAUUUUGACACCCAUAUUGCCUAUGUUCCUUUAAAUUUUCUUAAAGGCACAUAGAAGGGUCUCGCAACGAUCUCCCUUUAAAUUCAAUAUUUUCUGAGAGAAAAAUAUACCAUUUUGCUCAGAAUUCCGAGCUCUACAAGAUGCACUAGGUCUCGCAGCGAAAUCUUGAUUUUUUGGAAAAAAGGUGACCCCCCCCCCCUUUAUGGGUCUCGUCACGAUCUCCCUUUAAAUCCCAUAUUUUCCCAGAGAAAAAUAUACCAUUUUGUGCAGAAUUUUGAGCUUUACAAGAUUAUCUGGGUCUCGAAGCAUAAAUCUGACAUUUGGGGUAUUUAGGGUAACUUCCUUGUGUGCCCUAUAAUUACAGUAUCCUCUUUAUUUUCCAGAAUCAAGAAGAAAAAGUGCUGGCCAUUUUUCUUUCUCCGUGAAUAAUUGACUCAAUUUAAGUGAGUAAGAAGGAAAAAACGGGAAAAAAGUAGCACUCUUCCUUUUUUUCUUCAGCUUCUUCUAACUAAUUUCCUCGCAUUUUUUGCUGUGCGAGCCUAACAACACAAUAAAAAAAGGAGAUGAGCCAGGAAAUUUGAUUAAUAUUAUAUAAGUAAGAAAGGAAUGCGCAAUAAGUCGAGCGAAAGGAAAUUUGAUUAUGUGAGAGGUGUUCCUUUAAUCAAGGGGUACUGUGGAUUGAGUUAUCCCAAAAUUCAGAUUUCGCUUCGAGACCUAGCGCAUCUUGUAGAGCUCGAAAUUCUGAAUCUAAUGGUAUAUUUUUAUUUGGAAAAUUUCAUAUUUUAAAGGGAGAUCGUGACGAGACCCUCUCAUGCGCCUUUAAAACUUUUUCACCUUUUCUCCCAAAAAUCAUGCUUUCGCUGCGAGACCUAGUGCAUCUUGUAGAGCUCGAAAUUCUGAAUCAAAUGGUAUAUUUUUCUCUUGUAAAUUUUGGAUUCUAAUCGUGACGAGACCCUCCCUGUGCCUUUAAAAAUCUAACUUUUACCCUGAGCAAUAUGGGUGUCAAAAACACCGUAUUUUCCACCACAAAACUACAAAGUCUAUCAAAAUUCCUCAAAAUUUCUUCUCAAAAAUCGCCCCAGGGGAAUAUAUGUUGUAUUGUGUGUCCUAUCAAUCCACAAAAUGUCAAAAGAGGAACAAAAUUUUUUGAAAAAAAAAUUUUUUGGUGCUGGGAUUCUCCACCAUACAUACACCAAUGAGCAUUUUCAGCAAAAAAAAGCUGAAAAAAUUUUUUUCGUCUGUUCACGGCUCAACGCGUUUGGGGAAUCCUAUCCGAGCUAGUUUUUUUGUCAGGCGCCAAAAAAACUCAAAAAAAAUUUUUUUUUUUUGAGUUGAGUUGCGCGCGAACAAAAAACACAAAGGAGACAAUUAUUAUAGCCAUUUUUGGGACCAAAAAUUGUCGGAAUUUUUGAGGAAAGGGAAGCUGUGUAGUUCUCGAGGAGAAUCCGGAAAAAUUAUCGAUUUUUUGAAAAUUUGAAAAACAUCAGAUUUGGCGGGAAAAAUCCUUGUGGCAUAGAUUUUUUGAAAAUUUCAAAAACUCAAUUUUGGCGCUUAAAAUCCAAGUGGCAGAAUUUUUUUUUGAAAAUUCAGAUUUUUCCGCUUAAAAAUGUGUGUAGUUCUCGAGGAGAAGUGAAAAUUAUCAACAAAAAAAAAUUUUUUUUUUGCAGAUAAACCCACAAAUGUGACAAUACAAAUGUACGUGGAGGGAAUGUCGUCGUUUCGCGCGCAAACUAUGGUAGGUUGAAUUUUCGGCGCCAAAAUUUGAUCUACCGUAUUUUUUGGCGCCCAAAAUAGACCUUUUGUUUUUCAAAAAAAAAGUUCACACCUCAAAAAUCCGGGGAUUUUUGAGCAGAAUAAUUAUCGGACCUUGAAAAAAUGUUCUACUUUUUUUGUUUCCUGGACAAAAAAAAAACUUUUUUCCUUGUACCCAAGUUUUCAUGAAUUAUUCAAAAGGCACAGAAAAUAAUUAUUUAGGGGACCUUUUUUUUCUCAAAAAAAAAAAUUGUUUUUUUUUUGAUAAUUUUAUUACAUCGUAAUAAAGAUGACAGAUGCUAGUCUCCAAGAAAAAAUUUUAAAAUUUUUGAAAAAUGUUUCGUCGGCGAGAUAAUUGAAAUGAUUGACAAGUGACAAAAAAUUUGUCUGCGGCGGGAUUUUUUUCAAGGAAAAAAUCGUUUCAGUGGUCCUUAGGGGUUGAAUUUAAGAAAAAUUCAUAGAAUUUCGCGUCAGGACCCAGAAAAUCCAAAAAUCUAGGUGCUCACGGUCAUUUUGACAUCCAUAUUCCCUAGGUUAGGAAAAAAAAAUUAAAGGCGCAUAGAAGGGUCUCACCACGAUCUCCCUUUAAAUUUCAGAUUUUUACAUCGUGAAAUAUACUGUUGAAAUCAGAAUUCUGAGCUCUAUAAAAUGCACUAGGUCUCGUAGCGAAAUUUCGAAUUUUGGGAGAAAAGGUGACCCCCCCUCCCUUUAAGGGUCCCACCACGAUCUCCCUUUAGGCUCAAAAGUUUCGAGAGAAAAAUAUACCAUUUUAAUCAGAAUUCUGAGCUCUACAAGAUGCACUAGGUCUCGAAGCGAAAUCAUGAUUUUUGGAAAAAAAGGUGACCCCCCUCACUUAAGGGUCAUACCUCGAUGUCCCUUUAAAUUCCAGGAUUUCAUAUCGUGGGGUAUACCGUAAGAUUCAGAAUUUAGAGCUCUACAAGAUGUACUAGGUCUCGGAGCGAAGUUCUGAAAUUUUCUGAAAAGUGACCCAACCCCCUUAAGGGUCUCACCACGAUGUCCCUUUAACCUCAAAAGUUCCGAGAGAAAUUUAUACCAUUCAAAUCAGAAUUCUGAGCUCUACAACAUCCAAAAUCAAAAAAAAUUCCAGGAUUUCCAACUGGACAUCUACUUCCAAGAAAUGUGGGACGACCCUCGCCUACGUCACAACAAAACCAAGCGAAUUCUAGUCAAAGAUCCGAAAAUCUUUGCACUUCUCUGGCAUCCCGAUCUAUAUUUCGCAAAUGCUCGCACAGCCAGUUUUCACGACGUGACCCAGCCCAAUUUUUUGGUAUGGAUUUAUCCGAAUGGCAGUGUCUGGUAUGAUUGUAGGAUUUCGUUGACCGUUUUGUGUAUGCAAGAUUUGUCGAGAUAUCCGCUAGAUACUCAGAAUUGCGGGCUACGGAUUUUGAGUUGUGAGUUUUUUGGUGAAUUUCAUGAUCUUUAGGUGAUUCCGGUCAGUUUGACACCCAUAACGCCUUGGUUUCUUGAAAAAAAUUUUAAAGGCACAUGGGAGGGUCCCGCCACGAUCUCCAUUAAAACCGAAUAGAUUCCCAGAGAAAAAUACACCGUUCGACGCAGAAUUUUGAGCUCUACAAGAUGAGCUAAGUCUUGUGAUGAAAUUCGAAAAUUUGCGAGAAAAGAUGACCCCCCUCGCUAAUGGGUCCCGCCACGAUCUCCCUUCAAACCAAACAAUUUCCCAGAGAAAAAUAUACCAUUCGAUCCAGAAUUCUGAGCUCUACAAGAUGAAUUAGGUCUUGAAGAAACCCCCCUCUCUCUUCAAAAGUUUUCCGAUUAAAAUCGCAUCAUCUAAUCCUAAUUUCCAGACGCCUACGACAUCGACGAACUGAUCAUAAAUUGGGCUGCGCCAGACAAAGACGCAGUCGUAGUCAACAAGAACAUCCGAAUGCCCGAUAUGAAGCUGAUCGCCCAGAAGAUCUACACAAAGAACGACACUUAUGCUACAGGUAGGUGUUGAUGAUUCGAAUCAGAAUUCGAAAUUUCUUGAUUUGGGGAGGAAAUUUAAUGUGAUUUGAUUUGUGCACUAUAAAAUGCGUGGCGAAUUUGGAAGAAAUAUUAUUUUUAACCAUGAAGUUCCUGGUGUUGGUUUCGAUUGUCAGCGGAUUGUCAGCACUCAAUGUGACAACAACUCCGGAAGCCCCGAGAAAUAUCAGCAGAAAGGCUGUGAAUCUAGCUGGAAACCUGUCAUCUACCCUACCACCAAGGAGUUCGGGAGCUUCACAGAAUGUUAGCAGAAAGACUCGAGCUGGAAACCUGUCUUCCACUCUUCCACCAAGAAGUUCGGGAGCUCCGAGAAAUGUCAGCCGAGCUAGAAACCUAUCAUCUACCCUACCACCAAGAACUCCUGGAGCUCCGAGAAAUGUCAGCCGAGCUGGAAACCUGUCUUCAACUCUACCCCCAGCUUCAGGAGCCCCAAGAAAUGUCAGCAGAAACACUCGAGCUGGAAACCUAUCAUCUACCCUACCACCAAGAACUCCUGGAGCUCCGAGAAAUGUCAGCCGAGCUGGAAACCUAUCAUCUACCCUACCACCAAGAACUCCUGGAGCUCCGAGAAAUGUCAGCCGAGCUGGAAACCUAUCAUCUACCCUACCACCAAGAAGUUCGGGAGCUCCGAGAAAUGUCAGCCGAGCUGGAAACCUAUCAUCAACUCUACCCCCAGCUUCUGGAGCUCCGAGGAAAGUCAGCAGAAAGUCCGUCGAUCUUUCGAGUGCCAGCACUGAAUCUCCAAUAUCUGCGUCUUCAUUCGCAUCAGUUCUCAGCGGAAUCGCUUCAAACUUGGUAGAAAGUAGCUCAGCUUCAUCAAUCGUCAAGCAAAUCGCACAAACUCAAAGCGGAUCUUCGCCAGUCCCAUCAGACAGAACAAUUGUCAACAGUUUACUCGAAUUCCUCCGCAAAUCUGCUUCCAGCCGUCGGACUGCUGCAUCUACCGUGUUCACCACCGAAAAUCCCAGCACAGCUAAAUAAUUUGUGGAAGAGUAAUAUUUUAAUAAAUGAUUUCGAGAAAAUUGGGUGAAAUUUAAAUUCGGCUUGGAUCUAGGCUUGGGCUUGGGCCUGUUAGGCUCGUUUUGGACCUGGACUGGGGCAUUUUAGGCUCGAACAUCUUACAAGGCUUUUUAAGCUCUAAGAGUUUAGGCAUAGACUUGUCAGGCUGGUUAGGCCUGCAGGUAAAAACUUUGCUAAGCCUGAGCUUAAGGUCUAAGGUAAGCCUAAGCCCAAGCCUAAAAAAAUGGAAGUUACCAAUCAACCUUAAGCCUAAGGUAUUGGCUAAGCCUAAGCCUGAGCUUAAGGACUGGGAUAAGCCUAAGGUCCGAGCUAAGCCUAAGGUGUUGGCUAAGCCUAAAGUCCGAGCUGAGCCUAAGGUGUUGGCUAAGCCUGAUUCCGUCCGCAAGCCCAAGGUUCAGGCUAAGCCUAACUUAAGGACUCUAGGACCUAGACAAAGUUUAGGCUUACCAAGCUACCUUAAAUCCCUAUUUUUGCCACGUGACAUCCCCAACCUCCCAAAUUUUCUAGGUAUCUGGUCGGUAGCCGUGGUAGAAUUCCACGUGGAACGCGAAAUCACCCAUCACAUCAUCCAAUCCUAUAUUCCCACCUCACUUAUCGUCAUCAUCAGUUGGUUCAGCUUCUGGCUGGACGUGGAAGCGGUACCCGGACGGGUUUCGCUAUCUAUAACCACGCUGCUCACAUUGGCCACGCAGAGCAGCGCUGCGAAAAUGGCUCUGCCACAGGUAAGCCUGGGAAGGUGCUUCAGAAGCUUUAGAAUCCUCUUACAGUACGAAAAUCCGAAAUUUCCAGGCUUCCGACGUCAAAGCCAUCGAUGUUUGGAUGGGAACUUGUAUGGCUUUUGUGUUCUCGGCAAUGAUUGAGUUUACGGUGAGUAUUGAGCUACAGUACACCCUUCAAUCCAGUUUUUAGGCCGUGAAUUAUUGUGUUCGCCGAAAGCCUCGCAUGAAGCCCAAGUCGAAAAGUUUAUCGGAACAAGUUCAAGAUCUGGUCUCACAGUACAAGGAGAAGAAGGCGGAUUUUGUGAGUUUUUUGCUUCAAGACCUAGAUUAUCUUGUAGAGCUUGAAAUUCUGAACAAAAUCGUAUAUUUAACAAUGGGAAAAUCUAGGGUUUAAAGGGAGAUCGUGUCGAGACCCUCCUAUGCGCCUUUAAAAACAAAAAUUAAAAUUUUCACUAAACCUAGGCAAUAUGGGUGUCAAAAUGAUCGUAACUACCUGGAGAACAAAAAAAAACAAAAUUUUGUAGUUCUCAAUCUCGUGGAACUUUUUUCUCAAAAAUUCAGAAUUUCGUCUCGAAACCUAGUUCAUCUUGUAGAGCCCAAAAUUCUGAACAAAAUAGUAUACUACACUAUAAGAAAAUGAUGGAUUUAAAAGUAGAUCGUGUCGAGACCCUCCUAUGCGCCUUUAAAGCCAUAAUACAACAUUCUACGGAAUAUAGGCAAUAAGAGUAUCAAAAUGUAGCAAAUUUUUGCAGUUCUCCAACUCUGCGAGCUACGAAAUCACAAUGCAACCAGCUCAAGUGCUAGUGGAAGAAGAUCCAAAGCUAGCAAGAAAUUUCGAGAAGAAGGAGGUGCGCGAAAUGAAUCAGGCUCCACUAUUUGUGAGACGGAAUAUGCUACCACAAAACAAGCGAAAAACAAUUGAGGAGCGAAUAAAUCGAGUUGAGGAAAAUCGAAAAUAUGCGCAGAGUAUCGAUCGAUGGAGUCGGAUACUGUUUCCGAUCGCUUUUUUGAUUUUUAACGGGAUUUAUUGGAGCUAUUAUUUGGUUUAUGUGAAUUGUGGAAUUCCGGAUUUGUUGUUGUGA